UCGGUCGGAACCAUCCUCUGCUAUCGCCAACUUCCAUCCUUACAUCCUUCAGUCUGCCACAGAAGCUUUAGCAGCGAGCAGCACAGUUCAUUCUGUUAGCCAUUCACCUUCGUCGAUUUCUGUCAAGUCCAACUUCUACUCUAGUCUAUAUCAAUCAGCAUUGGAAUUUUGUAAAUAAUCUAUAUUGGAUGGGCAUUGAAUUCUACUACAUCAGAAUGUCAUCGAAAUCAGUGAUAUUCAAAAAAGGCGGUCUCAAUGUUCUCUGUAUCUAUACCGGCGCUAUAAUUAUCCUAUCCAGCCUAAAACAAUGUGAGGCAGUGAGAGAUGCAUCAUGUCCUCGAAUAUGUCUUCCAACGGGAGGAGGAGACCCAGUAUGUGGUUCUGAUCAAAUAAUCUACCCUAAUCUUUGCGAAUUCAAGAAGAAAACCUGCGGAAAAGGCUUAAAAUUGGCUGAAAGUGGUUCGGCUUGCAUGCGAUCAGAGGGAGCAACAUGCGAGCACCGCUGUGGUAAGGAGCGAGACCCGGUCUGUGGCACGGAUGGCAGAACUUAUCUCAAUCGCUGUAUGCUGCAAGUGGAAAUUUGCAGAGUGGGCAUAAGACUGUCUCAUCUGGGAUCAUGUAACAACAUCUCGGCACACAGAGAGAAUUGUCCAGUGAAUUGUGAUCACGCUCCAACUGAUGGACCCAUUUGUGGUUCAGAUGGAAAUGUCUACAAGAACACAUGUCAAAUGAAACUUUUAACUUGUGGUCAGGGAGUGGUGAGGACAUCAAAGAAGCACUGUCAGACAACAAGACAUUGCAGAGAAUCAUGUGUUAGAGCUUCAAAACCCACAUGUGGAUCUGAUGGCAACAUAUAUUCCAACGCCUGUCGCAUGAAAGCGAAAAAUUGUGGAAAGCAUGUAUUCGAAGUUCCAAUGGCAUUCUGUAUGAGCCAGGAGCGUAACCCUGCAGGAGCACACAAUGCAAUUUGUCCUACGUCCUGCGAUCGCGAGAAGCCAAGGUUGGUCUGUGGAUCGGAUGGCAAUCUCUACAGGAAUGAAUGCGAUAUGUUGAUGCUCAACUGUGGGAUACACUCGAAGCGAUCAGUGUUCGCAGUGGACAUGUUAAACUGCCAAUCAAAGCUGGACAAAUGUGUUAAAAUCAAAUGCGACACGAACCAAUACGAUCCAGUUUGUGGCUCAGAUGCAAGAAAUUACAAUUCCAUGUGUGAACUGCAGGUUGCUACCUGCUUGAAGAAUGUGCAGUUGGCUCACCUGGGCAAAUGUGCUUCACUCACUGACCCUGACACUUGUCCACAAUCCUGCAACCAGGAGGAGAUGCAACCCGUCUGUGGAUCCGAUGGAAAUGUCUAUCGAUCUUAUUGUGAACUGAAGCAGAAGACGUGUGGUCAAUGGGUGGUUGCGGUACCCCUCCACCACUGCCCAACCACCGCAGCCUGCAACCAGCAGUGUGAAGACAACAGGGAAUUUGUAUGUGGAUCAGACAACAAUUUCUACAGGAAUCAAUGUGAGAUGAAACGUGAUAACUGCGGGAAACAUGUAUUUGUGGUGCCAAUGAAACGCUGCUUACAAGGCUUCCAAUUCAAGGGAUGCCAGAGGAUUUGCCCAACAAUCUAUGACCCAAUCUGCGCUACGGAUGGCAAGACCUAUUCCAACGACUGCUUCCUCGAAAUCGAAAACUGCCGAACAAGAUCAGUGGUCACUAAACUCUAUCACGGAGUUUGUGGACAGCCAAUCCAGGAGCAAAAAAAUUAUCUUUAUUAGUCACUCACUGUGAUGCGGAAUAAUCAAACUUCAGUUGAAAAUGGUCGAUCCAUGAAUGAGUUAAUGAAGAAGACUGACAAAUGGCUGCAGGUAUUCUCAUGUUUUAUUUUCUAAUUUUACAGCUCAAUUUCGCAGCUUACAAAAACUUAGAUGGCAAACAUAUUUUUCAAAUACUACUUGAAAAAUGUAUUAUUGUUAUUUCAAAUAUCAUUUAACUAUCAUUGUUACCCAUUACCCUGGUCCUCAGCUAAAUUCAAAUUCAAUCAUGAAUGAGUCUCACAAAAUGUAUUAAUCCAAUAUAGUCAUUCCCUAUCCUGACGAGCUUCGAGGUACUACAUAAUAAUUAUGUUCCAGUAAUACUGAACAUGAUAAUUACAAUUCCAGUAAUACUGAUCAUCGCUACUUGCUGGACUUUGAUGUAAAUGUUGAAUACCGACUUUUCUAACGUAGCCUGCAGCGCAAACAAGAUAAAUAUGCAAUCAAUGAAAGCUUAGCAGCUUUAUGUGGCAUGUUAACAUGUUUCUCUUUUUAUUUAUUCAUUAUGUAGCAUAUCAAUAAUUAUUAUUAGAAUAGAAAUAAGAACAUAAGUGUUAUUAGAUAUGAUACCAUGCUAGCGAUGAAUUCUGUUGGUGGCGUCCAAAAUCUUUCUCUGUAAACUAAAUAAAACUUUCUUGAAGAUUCAAACACUUUCUAAACGCACUAUUUGAGUAGUUGAGAAUCGAUUGAUCCUUAUUUAUUUCACCGACCAUGUAUUCUGCUUAUUCAAAUUCAUUACAUAUUGGAUGGUACCAGCAAAGCUAUACAUCGUUGAGAAUUGAACGGAAUGGUAAUACAAUGGUAAUCACUCACAAUUUAAACACUUGACUAUUUUGAGAUAAUUAUCCAAAACUUUGUAAUCUAUUAAUGUAAUCUAAUUGAAUAGCUCUAUUAUAGAUGGGCCAAAUCAUGAAGAGUAAUAUCAAGAAAUUGAUCUAAAACAAAAAUUGUCGAUGAUAAAUAAUUGCGGGUCUUAGAAAUAUUAAUAACAACUCUAUGCAAAUUUUAAAACUUUAAAGUUGAAAAACAUUCACUCACUAUUUAGUGACGACCGUUGGCCUUGGUGCCCAAGCAUACUCUGAAACUGAUCAGCAAUAAGAUUUAAUUUUCAAGUGUCUAAAAUUGAGUAUUAUUCAGCAAUUGAGCAAAGUAUUGAUCUUAAUCGACAUAUUAUUCUAUUCAAUUCUCUUCCUUUGGUCAAUAUUCGCAGUCUUGAAAGUUUUUGAUCUAUUCUUGAAGUCUAUUCGUCUAUUGUUAGUCUAAGAUCUAUUGAUCUAUUGACAUCUAUUAAGUAUAAGUCUAUUGAUCUAUUCUUCUGGAAGUCUAUUAUUUGAUCUACCUUUCACUAUGUUGAAUUUUUUUAUUAAAGAAUGCGAACCAUAUUUAGAAGAAUUUGUUAAGUGUUAUGAGCAGAGCCGGAGGUAUCUGAUCGUCCUCAUCAAUUUAAAUUCUCUAAACUGAUGGUUCAUUUCGAAUGCGAAUUUCAGAUAUUGAUAAUAUAGGCUACCGGUAUUGUGACAGAUGUUUAUUUUUUCAAUUGUAAAUGCAAAUUUUGAGGUUACCUAAGCGCAGCCUGAAAAAAUGUAAUCAAUUAUUCCAAGCAUGUUACUUUGUUGUAUUAAAGUACCUAUAGGGAAAACUAUAAUGAGUAGAGUCCUAAAAAGUAAUUGUUGCCUAGAUUCAUGAAUUAAUGGAUCUAUUGCUUAUAUACCGUUUCUCUAAUUAUGCUACUAUACUGAAAUAAUUGUAUUUUGUAUUGAAACAGCUGAAGAAACGUUCAAAUGAAAGAGUUUGAUGAAUUCGAGUGGAAGAGUAGCCUUAUCUUAUUCACUGUUCUCGUUGAGCUUAUAGAAGGGUAUAGAACCCUCACAUUAGUAGUAUCUACAACUUUGGCGCUUGUAUUUAUGAGAUUCUAACAAGAAAUUCAUGAAAUUGUUGAUUCUCAUUCACAGCUAAUAUGGUGCUACAUGCUUCAGAAUUUCUUCCUUAUCUAUAUCUAGAAAUAAGAGUUUCCAGUUUUAAAAGGUGAAUUGAGUUUUUUUCACAAGACAUGUUUUAGCAUAAGUAAUUCUGAAAUUCGUUUAUAAAUUGUCAAUCAAUUUCAAAGAUUUCAUCGUUCAUGUCAUCAGUACAAAUAAUAGGAGCAAAAAAAAAACAGUAGUCGAAAAUAAAAGUUCAUAAUGGAAUACGUCACUGUAAUGAAUUGCAUUAUCGUUGUGUAUCAGGCUGUAUUUUUGAAAAUAAAAUCAAAUGUUUUUGUACCAGUUUAGUAA